CACCACUGCAGUUUCUUUCGAUGAUUCCAUUUUCUUCGUCUAACCCUAACCAAACAGCCGGCGCCACUCCUGAAUUGCUCGACCUUCAUCUCUCCAUGCAUGACAGCCACCGCAUCACAACAUUCCGUAGCUUCGUUUCUCUUUCUCACUGCUCUCUGCCGCCCCACUUCCCAACGCUCAAAUUACUCCCUAACCCUUUCUCAUAUUCACCUCCCAGUUUUAAAAGAGUAAUUCAGAUCCUAGACGGCAAUCCUUUUCUUACUUCUUCUUCUUAUCUUUUCAAUCGAAAAAUCCAUGUAAUUAACAAGGUAGCAGCAAUACAUUCCUUUUUUCGAAGAUAGCAGCAAUACAGCGUCUCUACAAUCAGCCAGUCUACUUUUGAUUUACCAGCUCUGAUGCAAGUGGAUCAGAAAGAAACUAGUAUUGUUUCAAGGGAUGAUGUCCAAAAUGGCGAAUUUUUACAGUCACAAUCCAUAAUCUACUGCUCUAAGAAGCUUCAAGAUGAUCUACACUUGUUGGGACUCAAAAUCAAGCAGCAUGAGAAUAAUGUAAAAUUUCUGAAAAAUGAGAAAAAUAAAUUAGAAGACUCCAUUCUUGACUUGCAAGUUGUUCUUGGUAAGUAUCAUUCUGCGACCCAGCCUAACAUUGAAAAUGAUCACCACCCCUCCAAUCAGAGUGAGGAGAAAACCGUAGAACAGAUUCUACGGCAUGAAAAAUCUGCUGCAGGCAUCAUUUGCCAGCUGAGAUUGCGCCAUGGCACUCAUGCUUCUCAUCUUUCAUUGACCAAGGACGUCCUUGGCAUAGUUGCUACACUUGGCAGGGUAGAUGAUGUUAACCUUAGCAGGAUUCUUUCAGAGUACUUGGGAGUAGAGACUAUGCUGGCAAUUGUCUGUAAGACUUAUGAAGGUGUUAGAGCUCUUGAAACAUAUGAAGAAGAGGGCCACAUAAAUAAUGGCUCUGGUCUUCAUGGCCUUGGUGCUUCUAUUGGGAGGGCUUUGGGUGGUCGAUAUCUUGUCAUUUGUCUUGAAAAUUUAAGACCUUUUUCCGGUGAAUUUGUGGCCGAUGAUCCACAAAGGAGGCUUGAUCUUCUAAAGCCAAAAUUGCCCAAUGGGGAGUGUCCACCCGGAUUUGUUGGUUUUGCUGUAAAUAUGAUCAAUGUGGAUUGUACAAACUUGUUUUAUGUCACAUCUAGUGGACAUGGCCUCCGUGAGACUUUAUUUUAUAAGCUGUUCUCUCGUCUGCAAGUUUACAAAAGUAGGGAAGACAUGUUCCAUGCCCUUCCUUGUAUAAGUGAUGGAGCCAUUUCAUUGGAUGGAGGGAUGAUUAAGGCUACUGGUCUUUUUUCCCUGGGCAAUUGGAAUGAUGUGGAUGUAAGAUUCCCCAAACCUUCUGUGGCUUCAAACAUACCUGACAACUACAGUGAAACUGAGAAGCAGCUCACUGAGAUGAAAUGGAAAAAGGACAAAAUGCUGGACGAUAUUAAGCGAGAACAAGCACUUCUGAAUGCUGCAAAGUACAAUUUUGAGAGGAAGAAGGAAGAGUUUGUUAAGUUUCUAGCUGAAAGCUCAGCAUAUGCAACACAGCAUCAGAUGCAAGCUUGACAUGAAAGAUUCAACCCCAGAUGACAUUUAGAUGGAAGAAAUUCUUUUUUGAAAGGUAGGAACUCAAAUGACACUGGCAGUGUCAACUCAUGUUGGAGUUUUUUUUCUCUGAACUCUUUCUAUUUCUGGGUUUGGAUGAACAUUUUUCAUUUUCUGAUAUGAAUUGAUUCUGGAAAUUCAGUGUCCUGAAACACAACUUGUUAGAAGCAUCUCUUUGAUGCUGACAUGCUCGUGGAAAAGCUCUAGUACAAGAUUUUCCAACCAGGACACAGAAAGUUCAUUUAGUAUCAAUUUUAGUCUUCUUUUUCCUUUGUUUUCGUCUCUCGACUAGAUUGCAUAUACAUGUAAGAAUCUAAAGCUGUUAAUUUUGCAACAUUCUUGCAGCAACAGUUUCAUAAUCAACAAGUAUGUUUAUAA